UCCCAAUAGAUAAAGCUGCACAGAUGUUGCGGCCGCUAAUGCAGCAGCUUGUUUCCAUGAGACGUCAGCUGCUCAGCAUGAACCUCAGCCGCUGGGACCGGUGCUGCGCCUUCGAGGCUCCUGUCCUGGACCAGGUUUUGCCCCCGAUCCUGGUCUUGGAGUUCAUGUUCGGCCUGAUGGGGAACUUUCUGGCUUUGUGGAUGUUCAUCUUCCACAUGGACGAGUGGAAGCCCAAUGCCGUGUACCUGACUCACCUGGCUGUGGCUGACUCAGUGGUGCUCUUCUGCCUGCCCUUCCGGGCCGACUACUACUGGCGGGGGAAGCACUGGCUCCACGGCGAUGCCCUGUGCCGCGUGCUGCUCUUCCUGCUGGCCGCCAACCGGGCGGCGGGCAUCUUUUUCCUCACCGCCGUGGCCGUGGACCGCUACUUCAAGAUCGUGCACCCGAGGAACCGCAUCAACCGCAUGGGUCGGGUCUACGCCCUCUGGGUCUCUGUGGGCCUGUGGGGUCUGAUCUUCCUGGCCACAGGCUACCUUCUGGCCGAGCAGCACUUCUUCCACUCAGGCAACCGCACCCAGUGUGAGAGCUUCAACAUCUGCAUGGGCUUCAGCCCGCUCUCCACCUGGCACAACACCUUCUACGUGCUGCAGUUCUUCCUGCCCUCCGCCAUCGUGGCCUUCUGCACCGUCAGGAUCACCUGGCAGCUGAGGAGCCGCACCUUGGUGGACAAGAAGGGCAAGAUCAAGCGGGCCGUGCACUUCGUCCUGGCCGUGGCCUUGAUCUUCAUCACCUGCUUCUUCCCCAGCACAAUAUCACGCGUGGCCGUGUGGGUGCUCAAGAUGCGCUACGACGAGUGCAGACACUUUGAGGAGGCCAACCUGGCCUUCUACACCUCCGUGUGCUUCACCUACUUCAACAGCGUGCUCAACCCCGUCGUCUACUACUUCUCCAGCCCGGCCUUCAGCGGCACUGUGAGCAAGCUCCUCAACAAAGUACUGCACAGGAACGGUGACCUGGACCAGCUGGAUCAGUCUGGUAGCGGAGUCUCUUCCAUUGAAGGUCAAAGAUUGUAA